AAGCAGACAGUCAAUCAGUCAGUCUCUCUCAUCCCAGAAAUCUGCCAAAAUGUCGAGUUCUGCCACAAUGUCAAGUUAUUCAACCCUCGCGGCCUCGCACCUUACUCAGAAAGAUUCGCACCCGGUGGUAAAAAAGAUCAAGGUAGAAAGUUAUCCAGACGUGGAGGUGUUUCCACUUUAUUGGGCCAAAAAUAGACUUGGAAAUGAGUACCCGCCUAUCCGAGGAACCCCAAACCGUGGACCAGGCACCUAUAAUAAUCAUCUUAGAAACAGUAUAGUUCAAAAUAUGAAAGAGAAACCAUUAAGUAACUACGGGUACGUACUAGGAGCAAGGACGCAACGUCGAUUUACUCAGCCCUGCAAAUUACCAGAACAAAUGGACAAAAGACAAGGUGUCCAAGCAGGUAGUGGCUCCUUUUGGCUUUUCCCUUCCAAAAAAAAGAAAGAGUCCUGGAAAGACUUGGUCACUCCUGGUCCCGGUACGUACGAACAUCAAUUGAAGUGCAACAGAAGGAUCACAUGGCCAAUGAAGUUCAGCUCUCCAGAUUGGAGUCUGGUUUCUUCUCCCAAAAGGAGGACACUGAGGAUUGAGCUUCCCAGCGACAAGGAUUUUCGGAAGCACAGAAAUAAAAUGGCGUAUUUCAGCCUGUACUUCAACUAAUCGAUUCAAAAGGCUUCGACAUUGAGCAAACUGCCUAAU